AAGGGCUAAUCGUUCAACAGUGACGCGACGGUCAGCUGGCAGAGAUGCGCAUGUGAAGGGAGAGGAGCGCAGAGAGGCGCAAAGCACCACGGAGCUGCUGACCGGCGGUGAGAUGAACAUGUGACCGCUGUGAGCUCGCUCAGUCGCUGCUACACCUGCAGGAUCAUAUCAGCGGAGGUUUGCUCCAUCAUCUCUGUGAUACGGCUGAGAGGAGGAUGGACCCCACGGAGCAAGGUGCCCAGAUAGAGCCGCUGCUGAGAACGAGGAAUGAUGACGAGGCUGUGGUGGACCGAGGAGGAACACGGUCCCAACAGGGGACCAACAUCGGGCAAGAGGAUCUUGAAGGCCACAGGACUCUCUACAUCGGGGUCCACGUCCCCCUGGGCAGUACCAGGCGCCACAGCCAUCGCAGGCACCAUCACCAUGGAAACAAAUACAAGAAAAGGAGCAGGGACCCGGACCCCACCCUGGUGGAGGGUAGAGAGUCUCCAAUUUAUGAUACUCCGUCCCAGAGAGUGCAGUUCCUACUGGGCACUGAGGAUGAUGAUGAAGAGCACAUUCCUCAUGAACUCUUCACACAGAUGGAUGAAAUCUGUCUAAAGGAGGCAGAGGAUUCGGAUUGGAGGGAAUCUGCCAGGUGGCUGAAGUUUGAGGAGGACGUGGAGGACGGAGGAGAGCGGUGGAGUAAACCCUACGUAGCCACUCUGUCUCUACACAGCCUGUUUGAGCUGCGGAGCUGCAUUAUCAACAGCACUGUGCUGCUUGACAUGAGGGCUAACACCAUUGAAGAGGUUGCAGACAUGGUGUUGGACCAGCAGGAGUUAUACGCACCGCUGGGAGAUGAUCUCAGGAAGAGAGUGCAUGCCACACUGCUGAGGCAGCACCAUCACCAGAACCAGAAGAAGCUGGCUAACCGCCUGCAGAUUGUACGCUCCCUCGCUGACAUGAAGAAUGGUCAGCUGACAGCCUCCACGUCUCAGUUAGCAGCUCCAGACGGGAAAGGGGACAUCUCUAGAGAGAACAGUUCAGUGGACUUCAGCAAGAUAGACCUUCAUUUCAUGAAAAAGAUCCCGGCUGGGGCUGAAGCGUGUAACGUGUUAGUAGGAGAGCUGGAAUUUCUGAACAAGCCGGUGGUGGCGUUUGUCCGCCUCUCACCGGCGGUCAUACUCAAUGGGCUGACUGAAGUCCCUGUUGCCACAAGGUUUCUGUUUAUUCUUCUAGGGCCUUUGGGUAGAGGGCCUCAGUAUCAUGAGAUUGGAAGAUCCAUUGCAACACUUAUGACAGAUGAGGUUUUCCAUGAUGUUGCCUAUAAAGCUAAAGACCGCAAUGAUCUGAUCGCUGGGAUUGAUGAAUUUCUCGAUCAAGUGACGGUCCUGCCUCCAGGAGAGUGGGACCCAACCAUAAGAAUCGAGCCACCAAAAAAUGUACCUUCUCAGGAGAAGAGGAAGAAAUGUAGCAAUUUACCCAACGGAUUAGUAGAGGGCGAAGAGGAAGAGGAGGAAGAUGGACACGGGGGUCCAGAGCUGCAGCGUACUGGCAGGUGGUUUGGUGGUCUACUUCUAGACAUCAAGCGCAAGGCCCCCUGCUACCUGUCCGACUACACUGAUGCUUUUAGUUUACAGUGUGUGGCCUCUUUCCUGUUCCUCUACUGUGCCUGCAUGUCACCUGUCAUCACCUUCGGGGGACUGCUGGGCGAGGCAACAGAAGGACGCAUAAGUGCGAUUGAGUCGCUGUUCGGAGCCUCGCUGACUGGGAUCGCCUAUUCGCUGUUUGCAGGACAGCCCCUCACCAUACUGGGCAGCACAGGGCCAGUGCUGGUUUUUGAAAAGAUAUUGUUCAAAUUCUGCAAGGAGUAUGGCUUGUCCUAUCUGUCUCUGAGAACCUGCAUUGGUCUGUGGACAGCUUUCCUCUGUAUGGUGCUGGUGGCUACAGAUGCCAGCACUCUGGUUUGUUACAUCACACGUUUCACAGAGGAAGCUUUCGCCUCACUCAUCUGCAUCAUCUUCAUCUACGAGGCCUUGGAGAAACUCAUCCACCUGGGGGAUCACUAUCCCUUUAACAAGAACAACAACCUGGACAAACUCACCAUGUACUCAUGUUCAUGUGUGGAACCUUCUGACCCCACCAAUGCUACCCUGAAGUAUUGGGAGAACACUAAUGUCACUGCCUCAGAAAUCUACUGGGAAGCACUGGAGACCAAGGACUGUAUUGAGAAGCGCGGAGAGUUUGUGGGCAGCGCCUGCGGCCCUAAAGGCCCCUACAUACCUGAUGUCCUCUUCUGGUGCGUCAUUCUCUUCUUUUCAACCAUCUUUUUGUCCGCCUUCCUCAAGGAGUUCAAGUUCAGCAAUUACUUUCCCACAAAGGUCAGAGCCAUCAUCAGCGACUUUGCUGUUUGCUUCGCCAUCCUUACCAUGGUCUUAAUCGACUAUGCCUUAGGGAUCCCCUCUCCAAAACUAAAGGUUCCCAGUGUGUUUAAACCAACCAGAGAUGAUCGAGGUUGGUUCAUUAACCCUCUUGGGCCUAACCCCUGGUGGACGGCAAUUAUUACGGUGUUCCCAGCCGUGCUGUGUACCAUCCUCAUCUUCAUGGACCAACAAAUCACAGCCGUCAUCAUUAACAGGAAGGAACACAAACUCAAGAAAGGCUGUGGGUACCACCUGGAUCUGUUCAUCGUGGGGGUGAUGCUCGGUGUGUGCUCUUUGAUGGGCCUGCCGUGGUUCGUGGCGGCCACCGUCCUCUCCAUCAGCCACGUUAACAGCCUGAAGCUGGAGUCGGAGUGCUCGGCUCCCGGGGAGCAGCCCAAGUUCCUCGGCAUCAGAGAGCAGCGCUUCACCGGCCUCAUGAUCUUCACCCUCAUGGGCUGCUCUGUCUUCAUGACCUCUGUGCUGAAGUUCAUUCCUAUGCCUGUGUUGUACGGAGUAUUCCUCUACAUGGGAGCCUCUUCUCUCAGAGGCAUUCAGUUCUUCGACCGUCUGAGACUGUUCGGCAUGCCGGCUAAGCACCAGCCAGACUUCAUCUAUCUGCGCCAUGUGCCCCUGAGGAAGGUGCACCUCUUCACCAUCAUCCAGCUCACCUGUUUAAUUUUGCUCUGGGUCAUCAAGACGUCCAAAGCUGCCAUUGUCUUUCCCAUGAUGGUGUUGGCUCUGGUGUUCAUCAGGAAGCUCAUGGACUGUUUCUUCACCAAGAGAGAGCUAAGCUGGCUGGAUGACCUCAUGCCAGAGAGCAAGAAGAAGAAGCUCGAGGAUGCUGAGGAGGAGGAGGAGCAGAGUAUAAUGGCGGAAGACGAGGGAGUAGUGCAAGUGCCAUUAGAAGGGUACAAAGGAAUACCAGUCAUCAACAUCACAGAUGAAAUGUCGAAAGGUUCUUUUGGAAAUACUUGGAAUGCCAACAACAGUAACACCUAAGAUCAUUAUGAGUUCACUGAACAGUCACAGUAUUCACAACACUGGUUUCCAUGAAGGAUCAUUUUAAGAUGAAGAAGAUGGAUCUUUGUCACUGGGUGAUCUUGUAAACAACUCUUUUUAUGCUGCCGUUAAUCAAUCCUUUAUGUUUAUUCUUGAAAAUCUUGUGCGUACUGUAAGUGAAUAACUGUAUAAUCCAGUGGUUCUCAAAGUGGGGGGCGCCCCCCCCCCAGGUGGGCGCAGAGGCAUGACAGGGGGGGCGCGAGAGACCAGGGGGAAAAAUGGUUAUAAAAAAAAAAAGA